CAUACCGAGCAUAGCCUGCGUGUCAGUGCAGUCGACUUACAGCUGGCUGUGAGGAGAACUGACGCUACCCGUUCUUUUUUUCCGCUCUCCAACACGUAAUACCUUUACCCUGUGUUAUCAGAAACUGUCCAAACCACAUAAGAACAAUCGGGAGUAUUCAGGCGUGACACUCUCCGCGUUGUUUUUAUUUGCUUUUGUAGAAAACUAAACUUGGAGGCUGGGCCUUUAGCUUUCUGAGCGUCGCUUGAGCGGAGAAGAAGAGAAAAAGAAGCUGGUCUUUGUGUGUAAAAAGUCGAUAAAUGCUACUAACGAAAAUGGACCUGUUGAACUACCAGUACCUGGACAAAAUGAACAACAACAUCGGCAUCCUCUGCUACGAAGGCGAGGCAGCUUUGAGAGGGGACCCCAGACUGCAGUCCUUGUCCUUAUCCUCGUCCACAUCCUCCUCCUCCUCGUCAUUGUCCUCCUCUUCUUCUUCAAUCUCCAGCCACAGGACAGGUCCUCCGCCCAUCAGCCCGACCAAGAGAAAACUGAAUGGGGACCAGGGGGACAGCGACAUGGAUGACAAUGAGCAUGUGGCAAAGAUGAGCCGACUGUUUGCUGCUCAGCUGAAACCUAAUGGAGACUAUCGCAGCUCUCCUGUCUCCAAGGACCACAGCCGGAGCUCCAUUGAGCGAGUGGUGGUGCCCGGUGGCUUGGGAAUUCACAGCAACCACCUGUACAGCCACAGCCACCAUCACCACCUUGCCAGCUUAGCCGCUAUGGACCAGCCACUGGCUCUCACCAAAAACAGCAUGGUGGAGUCUGCACGUAGCAGCACAGCAGCGCUGACACAGUCAGUGCCACACACAGUCAGCGCUGUGGAGCGCCAGCAGAAUCGUCCUUCAGUGAUCACAUGUGCCCCAGCCAACAACCGCAACUGCAACCUGUCUCACUGUCCUGUCUCCCACAAUGGCUGCUCAAGCCUCAGUAACAACUACAGGAGAAUCAACACCAACACAGCCUGCGACCCAGUGAUUGAAGAGCAUUUCCGCCGCAGCCUUGGGAAGAACUACAAAGAGCCAGAGCCUGCAGCCACAAACUCAGUGUCCAUCACGGGCUCGGUGGACGACCACUUCGCCAAGGCGUUGGGGGAAACCUGGUUGCAGAUCAAAAACAAGGGGAGCCCCUCAUCGUCUGGCAGCAGCCCAAACUCCUCCCCUGACAGUCACAUGAUCAAUCACAACCACUCCCCCUCCGUGGUUUCCUGAAGGAGGGGGCGGGGUUUAAGAGGGAUCUGCCGACGUUCCCCAGCAAUCACCCUGGCUCCAGCAUCCACGCUCUCAUCACUCUCUGUCUGUCAGCAGCAUCUCAGAGAGGCAGUGCCUGCCUGCUGGUCUGCUAAAAACAUCUAAAACACUCUCUCUAUCUCUCUCUCUCUCUCUCCCCCCUCUCUCCUCACCCCCCCCUCUCUCUACUCAGAGAGGAAUGAUUCAGCAAUAACUUAAUUGUCCGUUUUUGGGCUUUUCUGGCCCACUGACCACUGUUAUGCUAAUGCCAGACAAUAAUCAGUAAGGAGUGAUGAGAGUUGACCUAAAGACUGACCAUAGCAUCAAGCUGCUCCUUCCAUUCAUUCAUUCAUUCAUUCAUUCAUUCAUUCAUCCAUUUAUUCAUUCAUCAUCCUUGCAUAUCAAGCUUGGAGCCGAGCGUCUGUAGUUAUAUGUACAUAAAGAGAGAGGAAGGAAGGUGUUUUAAUUAUUAGUUGUUGUUUUUUUUCCAUCCUUCUUCUUUGUUUUUGUUUCUUUUAACAGUAGUAUUGUGGACCGCUUCUGAAUUAUGGGAUGUCAGAUAUUUGAUAGAGGAUGAUGAUGACAAAAGGAAAAAGGAAAAAAAAAACAAUUCUCAAUCCACCUGACUGUGCUACCAAAGAAAACUUUACACGCUGAUCAGUCCAUCAGUGCACCCGCAUCAGAAAACAAGCAACAGCAAACAUCACAAAGUAUCAUCUCUCCCCUUCUCUCCCCUUCUCUCCCCAUCGCUCCCGUCUGUGUAUGUGUUCACACGAUGAUGUCACUGUAUGUUUAUACUCGGUCUGAUUUGCACUACUGCCGGAGAUAGUUAAUGCUGGCAUGUUAAUAUUGCAAUCUGGCACUGGACACAGUGGGACUGACAAAGCUGAUUUGGGGACAUGAUCUCACAUUAGCUCUAGGCUAUUUAUUGAACACAGGGUCGGCUGGUACAGGAUUUCUAUUGGCAUACAGUAGCUGUUAACAGCCAACAUGUUUAGUUAUUGUUAACUACAUGCACCCUUCCUUAGCAGCACUAAACUGAAGAUCAGAACACAUUAAAUCACACUUUGGGGUGCAGAGAGAGCACUCUCUCCAUGUUCAAAACAAAACAAAACUGGCAUAAACAAUUAGGUAAACUGUGGAGGAAGUGGCCACUCUUCACUUUGAGUAAACACAUCAUCACCAUGGAUACUAACACAAGCAUUAGUCACUCGGCUGCCCGCUCACUUUGUACUAAGCACAUCACCUCCAAGUCCUUCAACUUCCUGCUGACAACUCGCUGUGAGCGAAGAUGUCGUUUCUUUACCGUCACAGAGUCACGCGUUAUAAACGUCACAUGCAUCCAAUUAGUGAAUGAAUCAGUGUUGAUCAGUAUCAGCUUUGUCCCUCCCAACACAAUCAUAACCCAAACUGCAUCACCUGUGUAAAUGUGCCAAAUAAUUGCAUGGUGAUUAUUAUUUUAUUUUAUAUUUUUUUAACGAGCACAGUCGGGUUAUUAUUAUUAUUAUUAUUAUUUUCUGUGGCCAUUAUGUGAGGGAGUGAAAACAAAGAAGUACAGACUGCAGUGUCGAUGUGUUGUCGCAGGUUUAACUGCUGACUGGUUGAAAGAAGAAGAAAAAGAACUAAACAGUCUGGUUUGUUGACCGGGGGAGAGAAGAUUAUUCAGAUCUCUUCAAACACACCUUUGUUUUUUUUGUUUUUUUUGUAUCUCUCUUUGAACACAGGUGUUGUAAUUAUCUUACACCCUCCCCUCCCUCCAUCCCUCCCUCCCUCUGUAGACACUGUGGUUUGGUAGAUUUCUCUAAGGUUUGAAGGGUAAACUAAUUCUUUUUACAGAUGCAUGUUUUUUUGUUCCGUUUUGUUUUUAAUAGCUGGUAUCUAUUAGUGUUUUUAAAGCAUUUCAAUCUUAACUACUAUUAGCGUUUUCAUCCGGACGUUAUUUGUUGCUUCUUUUAUCGUUAGUAACAGACAUAGACACUAUACACUCACUGCUGGGUCAGUUGUACUCCAUAUUAUUGUUGUUAUUGGUAUUAUUACACUUUUUUUUUUGUAUUUGUCGUUUUCCAUUAAUAUCAGUAUGGUAACAAACACCUACAGUGGGACGGCCUCCGGACAGGCUCUGUUGUUAAAAGAUGCUCACUGCGUUUGGUAAACCUCGCCUCAGCACCAGAGUCGAGUUGCUCGUUGCCCCCCCCCCCCCGCGUGUGUCAAUUUGGCUCUGGGAAUGCGCUGCUGCCUGUUACAGAUGUUGAUCCAUCAGGUACAGGAUGCUACAGCCUUCACCCGUGACUGAGCUGAGACACCAAACUGGCACAAACUAGUCUGCAGAGCCUUGUUUAACAACACUUAAGCCUGAUAUUAAAACCUGGUAAAUGUUUCGAGUCUACUUAGGCACCGUCAUAAAAUCACCGUCUUUGUACCAGCCUUUACAACGGUUUAUAUCGAGGGCAAACAAGCACACAAGGUUUCCCUUUAAUUUACCUGGAUUUAUAACGUGCUGUCAAAGCUCUCUUGAGUUUUUUGUGUCCAGAUUUGGUGUCAAAACAUUUUUUUUUCCUCCCUACUUUGUUUUCUGAACGUCAUUGUUGCUGCUGCUGCAGUCUGAAAAAAACAAUUAUUUUACUCUUAUAAAAGAAGCCUGCGCCAUACACUGUGGCAUACAUUCCUCCUCCUAUAGGGAACUUUGUACAGGCCUUACACACACACACACACACACACACACACACACACACUCCACAUCUCUCCAUAUCAACAGACUGAGCUAAUAACCAGCCAGGGCCACGUGUCUUCGAGCUUCCCCCGGCUGACCUCUUUAUAUUGUGCGUGUCUAAUAACAAGGUGUCCACGAACAAUCCCGGUCAUAUGACGAAGCAACAACCGAUGCCGUAAAAAAGAGAUUUUUUCCAGGACAUUCAGAGCCAAGGACACAAGCUGUGGCCGGCGGGCGGGGGGUUGGGGGGGGAGUACGAGUUUCGAGUGCACAGUUAUUGUAUGUCUGAAGUUUACAGUUGUAAGAUUCAUUUUAUUUUCAGUACAUCUGUCAGGUGAAAACAUCUGGGUGGGUCAGGACCCACAGGUAAAUUCAGAAUCUCUCCCGUGAAAUGGUCCUGUCGCAGAAAUGACAGUGAAAUAGUCAAACUUUUGUAAAAUACUGAUCUCGAAAGUGUCCACACAUUCCAUCCUCUGCUGAUCCAGGACUGAUGGUACAUCUUCUACAGAUUGAAACUCAGAUUACAGAUUAACUCAGCUGCCAGUGGAUUCAUUGUGUUGUGCCGUGUGGCGAACUGUGGGCGGUGGAUGUGGUUUAUUUUUGUUUUGCGUUUGUUUGAAGGUGACGGGGGUGGAGCUUCGGGAGCUGAGCUCCUGUAAGCGCGGUCAGUCUGUGAUCGGCGAGAUGUCUCAAAAGUCUUUUGCAGUGUGACUCGUCCUCUUCUCAGACUCAGUUGACCCUGAUUUAAGAUUGGAUGUAGAGUUUGUAGCGUCGUAGAAAAACAUGAGGGAACGGGGGCUUGGUGUCCAUAAGCGUUUUUUUGUGUGUUUUUUUUUCUAUUGUAAUUUGUUCUCAUUCAUUUAUUGUUUCACUACCAGCCUGUAGGUAGUAGGAGGCUCUCUUUUCUGCUUUGGCACACACUCCCUACACACUGUAGGAAAAUCACUUAAUAAAAAAAAAAUACUUUUUUAUAAUAGGUAACUAUAAGACCAUCAUUACGCUGUGCGUAACGAAUGUACAGAGAAAAAAAUCGUAGGUAUUUUUUGAGGAACAAUUAAUUUGUUAAUGAUAUGUAGCUAUUUAAUUGUUUUUUUUGUUGUUGUUGUUGUUUUCCCUGUCCUUACAUUGUAAUCAUUUGCAUUUUCCUUCUUUUUUUUGUGAAAAAAAAGUUGAUCUUUUUUGUUUCUAUAGAGUUUGUCAUGUUAGAGUAAAAAGGUUCAAGUGCAGGAGCACAGUAAUAAACGUUAUGAAACCAUGAAAAGAGCCACUGGUGGGUGUGUCAGUGACAAUCGCUACUUCCAUUUGGUCCACGAUGUUUUGCAGUUGUUUUAAAAUGUGUUUUUCUUCCCCCAACCCCGUCGUCGUGU